GUCGUCGAUAAGGAAAUCAAAGCAACGCACCCAAAUGAAAACGACCUUGUUUUGCGUUGAAAUCAAUGAACUGAUCACGUAUAUCAUCUGGUAUUUUGUAAUGUUUUAUUUACAUAGAAUGUUCUGGGUGUCUGUCACACUUGCUUUCGUAGUUCGAAAAAAAGGGCAUAUACAAACAAAUGUUUACCUCAUAUUUACCUCAUCUUUGCUUGUAAGCAACUUUUUAACUUUAACAGCAAACCCUAGGGAUUCCCUUUGUUUUUGUAUGCUAAUUUUAUACCUUUUCAAUGAGUAAUUAUUAUAAUUAAAUUUUAUAGCUUUUCAACGAGUAAUUAUUAUAAUUAAAACAAACUUGAGUAUAAAUAGAUUACCUUGAAAUGGUACUUACAUUAAAUAUCAUAAAAUAUAGAUAAUAUAGUAAAAUAAAAAUAAAUAUCUCAAUCUAUAUUGGUUCCCCUAGACUGAAUGCAGAUAAAGAGUUUUUAUAUUGAUUAAUCUUAUCUUGAAUGCCAAUAAUGGCGUGAUCGGGUUUAAUAAAUCUUUCAUUACCAAAUAAAAAGAAAGAUUUCAAGUAGAUAACAAGAACUUUGACAUAUUAAGCCCCUCUUAAUUUAUUCAUUAAAUGCGAUUAAAUAAAAACACCUAUUAACAUCAAAAUUUGUUUAAGAAAAAUAAUUUCAGACAUGAUUAAAUAUACUUUCUAAAGUCAAGGCCAUUUCCCUUUACAGGCUUUUUCAAUUGCAGCGUGCCGAAUGAGAGUACAGUGAUAUAAGAUAUUUCUUAUAAAAAAAGGUAUACUUUUAGGAUCCAAGAUCCCAAAAGUAUAAUACACCUCUCAGAACAAUUUUCUCAAACUGUGCCGAGCAUGUCAAACUAUCUUAGCGGGAGUUUUCACCAUUAUUUCGUUAAAGUAAAAUGCCCAAAAUUCCCCACCGGCUGCUGGGAGUGAAAACGCGCUUCAAAUGGAUUUGCCCUUCGGCACCCAGACUCCCGAGCUCGAUGUACUGAUUGUGGGAGCGGGUCUUUCGGGUUUGGCCUCCGCCCUGAAGAUCCUGUCCAUGGAGAGCACCCUUAAAGUCCGAAUCAUUGAGGCAAGCGGAGUUUUAGGCGGCCAAUUGGGUCAGAAUGGCACGCGACUGGUGGAUGGCGCCCAGCAGGACAUGCUCUCCUUCCUGACCCUCAUCCAGUUGUCACCGCGGCGACGGAGGUACGACAAUGGCAGGCUGCGCAGGUGCUGGGAUCUGGAUCGAGGACUCACCGCCCUGCCGGCCAAAUUCGAACUCAGACGAUACAUAGAAAUGCUGGACAUGCGGAUGUCCAAGUUUCGCUCGAAACGGUUCAAGUGGGUUGAGGUAAAUCAAAGUAUUAUAUCUACACUAGUUUAUAAUUUAUUUAAUAGCCUUCGGGAGCGAGUGUCCAACAUGGAGCAGCAUAUCUGCCACCAUUUGUUCUUCAACAAAUCUCGGAACUUUAUGCUUAACCUGGUUGAGAUCGUCUGCGGUGUUCCUGCCAAUGAGGUGGACUACGAUGUCUUCAUGUCCGUCUGCAGUUCCUGCGGUGGCCUCAAAAUGCUGAUUGAUUUCUACUUUACCUACCCGAGCAGUCUGUAUGAGAUCUCCACUCAGAUGCUGAUAGAGAACAUCUUGGAACAGAUGCAGUUCACUGCGAUUAUGCUGAAUUGUAAGGCUUUGAAACUGGAGCACUUUAAGAACUAUGUGCAGGUGACGGAUGAUCUGGGCAAUAGGCACACGGCUCAGGCGGUAAUACUGGCGAUACCCUGGAAUAAGGUGCAGAAACUAAACUUUGAACCCCGCAUUCCCAAGGGAUUUCUACCACCGAUUGUAUCUAAAUCGGGUCAAAAAUCCCAUCGUUUGAUUACCCAAUUCCAACUGCGUUAUGGCAAAUCCUUUUGGACGGAACUUGGCUACUCCGGCAACUUCCUAAACUCCCAACCUCUGAUGAGUGGUUAUGAGAGCAGGGCUUCCACUUUAAGUGGGUAUAUUCUCCACUCACCGGGGGAUGAAGACGACGAGGUCCUGGAGGAGGUAAUAGAUCUACUGGCCAAGAAUUUUGGUGAGGAGAUGCGAGAGCCUUUGGAGUGCCAGUGCUCCACGGAUGAACUGAAUGUGGUUCUCCAUAAACCACAAACCAAGCCCUGGCAUCGGGUCAUCUGGUCCAGUUCCUCGGCCACCGCAACCAGCUAUCGCAGCCUGAUGGGUGGAGCUGUACAAAGUGGCUUCCGGGCGGCAGUUAAUGCCCUCUUUGUGGUCCGACCCCAGGUGGUCAGCUGGAAGGAUAUGCUCGACGAGAGGCCCAAGAUUCCGCAGGAAAAUGUCAGGAAAUCGGGCAGAAUCCGUGGCCUCCUCAGUCGCCUCAAUCUCUACAACGUGACCUUCUACAGCUUCUUUGUGCUCGGACUCAUCUGGUUGCUGAACUUUGGCUACGCCAGGUCGUCCUAGGGAUUAACUAUGUCUCUAUAGAAAUUAAAGUGUCUGCUCUUAA